AUGGCCAAGAAGGAGGUCUUACUGCUCAAAUACGAGAUCGCAAAUUGCCGUGUGCUAGCGAGCAUUUUUGAGGAAGUCAUCAGUCCAAUUCAGAACAAUGUCAUGCGAAUUGCCAGGGAGCGAAAUCUCGACCAGGGACUUCGAGUACAAUCAAAAUUGGCCCACGACCAGAUUCGAGAGAUUGCCUACAAACUGAAACCAUUGCACCGGAGAAAUAGUGCUGGUUUUGCGAAAUUACGGGCAAAGAUCCGAUGGCAUUUUACGAAAGAUGACUUUCAAUUUCCGAUGGCUACACUCCAAAAUGUGAAAUCCAGCCUCGAUCUAUUAGCAACACUCUCUUCACUUGACUCUGCUGUUGCCAACUUUCACCGAGCUCCAGACUCGGAUUCUAUAACAAGAUCACAAGCUCUUGAGAGGAUAGUGGCCUUGGAAAAGCAGGCUUGUCGGACAGAACGGCAGUUCAACUAUUCGGUGAGAGUGCUUCACGAGCAGAGUCAUAUGGAUGGACAUCUAGAUAGUGCGGGAAAUAUCCAAGUGAUUACCGUUAUUAUCGAAGAGAUCAAGAAGGGGACCGUCAAAGAGGCACGAGACUUGGUUAAGAAAUUUUCCACCCAAUCCCAAGUCGCACCGCCAACACACCCAGAUGCUUCAUCGCAGUUGACAUCUGCGGAUGAAAUCUACUCACAAAGCCCUGCUUUCGUCCGGGCCUCCCGGUACUCAAGCGCCGAAGACCAGAUAAGAGAAAGCCUGAGGGAUCCUUCUCUUCGUCCUCGAAGUUUCACUAGAGAUGGUAGCCAUUUAUCUGUCAAAGAGCAUACACCGGUUGGUAGUGAGUCGAAGCCUCGCGAAGUUCGCGAUAGAAGCCUAGUCUCUUCUCGCAAUGGGGACCUGAGUAUGGUUGAGCCCGACGCAGGACAGUCCGUUUCCUACGUCUCCAGGCACAUGGUCAUCGAUAAUCCGCACUCUCCUAGUGCAUCACAAAGUAUCUAUCGACCUAUGCCCCCUUUCGAUGAGUCUGAUCUGCGCGAAAGGGAGACACGAAACAAUCGGCGUCAAAGUCGCUCACGCAGUCAAAGGGGAGAAUGA